AUGACGAUUCCCUCCGACUUUGAUGCGCUGAUGUCGCAUCUUGCGGCGAUCCUCGAGGACCCGUCUACAGCCCUGAAUCUCCCCCUAAUCGCCAGAUUACAGUACCAACUUGACGAAUCCACUGAUCCCGUCAUCCCUGCGGCACUCCUGUCGCAAGUGUCAGCUCUACUGCCUGUUUUGCAAGAAGAUCCGACGCCCCUUACCUCUCUUGUCAUCAAGGCCACGACGAGUUUCAGCUUCGCAAAGAUUCGCUCCAUCCAACCCCCAGUCAAUCUCGUCGCUGGUCUCAAAGCCCCCUCCGAACCCAUCAACCUUCUUGUCUUGUCCUUGCUUCAAAAUGCAGGAAACUCGGCCAGCGAUGCGGCCAUAGUCGCUGGAGAUUCUAUACUUAUGUCAUCAUUGGUGGAGCUGUGGCUUUCGACCCCUUCCGCUGAAGUCGCGCACGCGGCGCUCAGAUCAUUGUGGGCCCUGCUUGAGGUCGAUCUAGCCAGCCCUUGGGAAAAAGACGAACAUGUUCCAUCCUCCGGCGCUCAUGGGGGACACGGACUCGUGUGGCGAAGAGUUUUCACAGACAAGGAUGUCUACGGGCUUCUUUUUGGCCUCUGUAGCCUGCAAGAGGACGCGCCAGGAGAGCUAUCCAAACGUCAGCGAUCGUUGGCUCAAGGAAGAUUGAUGAGCUUCCUGGUCAAGGUUGGUCGUGUACGAUGGGAUACCAUUUCCAAGUCUCACAUUCCAGAAGUCGAAAUGAAAUAUCACAGCAACAGUCUUGCCCAAUUCGCUGCGUGCCACAUGGUCGACACUGAAGGUGAUGUGCUCAUGCAUUUGAACUGUUUGGUAUUCUUCCAUGAGCUAUUGGAGCUGGAAGCACCAGGUCUAGCGGCUAGGAGCUAUGUGCACUCAGCCUCGACCUUCUCUUCUCCAGCGCUCGACUUCCUUAUUUCUGAAAAGCUGCAUUCCCGGGUGUUAGAAAAAUACCUGGAUGAAUCUCAGCUUGAUCCUAUGGCGCAGAUUUAUCUGUCAUCUCAGAUCAUGGAUUAUGUGGCGACAUACGCUGAGCUGUACCCCAACCAUUUCCUGCAAAACCCGAGCACACUUCUCGACGGUAUCAUUGGGCGUAUUUCACGGGCCCUGGAUAUUCCCCUGAGUCAAUGGGCGCAUGGUGAAAUCCCAGUCGGACAUUUACGGAUACUUGCCUCCCUUCCUCGAGUUUUGCUCAUCGAAGCUGGUAAGCGUGGUACAAAUCCCCUGCUGACCCUUCCCACCAACCCUCCCAGUGGGGUCGUUUUUGAUACCCUGGGCAAGGUUUUCCACGGGCCAUUCCGAUCUUACGCGGCGGAUUCAAUGGAUUUGAUCACCUCGGGCCGAACCCCAACCGAUUGGCACCACGAAGCUGCCGCUGCCCGGGUUCUUUACUUUGAGUUUCUCAACAGCAAUCCUGACCUGUGGACCAAUGCUGUUGCUGCCGCCGAUACCAUCGUCAUGAAAGAGACUGCUCUUUCAGCUAUCGGCCUCAUGGAUCGCGUCGCUCAGGCGAACUGGCAGCCACUGCCUCCGGCGUCCCACGUGUCUGGCAACUCGUCGCGCUUCACGCUCCCUUCGGAGGAGGCCCUUGCACAGCUCUCCCCUGCUUCAAGUGGUCUGCUCCCUCUUUCCGGUUGCUGGGCGAUUCUCACACCCCCUGCUUUGACGACGCUUCUGCCAUACAUCUUCAAGCCCCCUCGGUCGUACGCAGAAUUCGUAGGAGGUGGUGCUGGCGACUCUCAAAAUACGAUUUGGCAGGUGGCUACAGCCAAGCACGACGUGCUGGCUGCCCUUUACCAGCGACUCAAAGAGAGCGAUGACCAGACAGUUCCAGGACUCGAGGAUAUCUUACGGACAAUGCAACAUCGUUUGCUUGAAAGGCCCGAGGCACCAUCUGGACAAAGUGACGUAGCGACCAGGGGACAGUGA